CUCGAGUGUCAGCUUCUCAUCUGUUGCGAGUUUUCCCCUGAAAGAACUGGAUAAGAUUGUAUUCUAUCAAUAGAAAGAAGGUGAACUGCAAAUCGGAGUUUUCAACCCAAUUUGCUGGACAGAAUUCUUUCUGGAUCAUCAUAAAACUAAGGCUACUGCGAAGAAAGGAGAGAAAAGAGAAAAAAUAAUCAUGAAGAUUGUAUUGUUUGCUGACUUCAUCGCUACCAACCAUGGUCUCAACCAAGCUCAAUAUGUCUUAAAACAGCUUUGCGACCAAGGACAUCACAUCUCGCUUUUCGAAUGCUCAGAUGUGAGUGUACCAAUUUUAAUUUAUGAAGAACCCAGUACAGCAAUCAGAGGAGUUUAUGAAGAUCCACUCGUAUUAUUGGAGAGAAAAGUAUUACAGGCAGAUGCCAUCCUACUUGUGACAGACAGACAUACAUACGAGACACCAGCCUCGUUAGUAACAGUCAAGAAACAUUUCAGGGGUGGUAACUAUGUAUGGCGACCCUAUGGCAUAAACUGUAUAUUAAUUGGAGGGUCAGUCCACAGCCGUAAAGUAGCUAUGGUUUUGCACAGUUUGCUUGAAGGUUCUGAUUAUAUGUCAGGAUGUUUGCCGAGGAGGUGUUCAUGGACCAAGUUAUAUGCCAUCGACUACAGUAUGGAGACACCUGGACCGUGUGUUUUGUGACGGACUCGUUCGAAAUUAAAAAGACUAUGUUAACAUGAGCUGUGUUUUAGCAGCCAGAUAAAACAUACUUGGGCUCAUAUUUAUAGAGAAAAAUCUUUGUUUAUUAAAAAUCUAGAGUUAUUGUUACUUACUGUUCAUUGAUAAAACUUUUAUAUUUCUUUCUUGAAAACAUCCAUUGCACCUAUUCCCAUCCUUACUGGAACGAUCCUAUUUUGUAUGGUUUCUUUAGCAGUCGCAAACUGGUUCUGGUUUAGUAAAAUUCACAAAAAUAA